CAGUGACACAGAUAUAUGUUUGAAUGACCUUUUGGCUUACUUUUUUGUCUAGUACGGCCAGUAUUCAAGAAUAGAUAACCUCAAAUAAAUCUUGAUAUGAUAGAAUCGGUAACUGCAUAUCUGUUGGUGGUUGAAUUUUUUUCACCUUAACUGGUGGCUGUAUUUACAGCUGGGUUACUCGUUAUUUAUUUUUUUCUAUUCUUGAUUUAAGAAACUGAUUUGAAUACCUUAUUUUCCCCUUUAUUCGCUAUCAAAUCCUGUUGCACUUAACCCUGUGAGAGAGGAACGUAUAAAACCCUUGAUUUAAGCACUUGGUUUUUACUCAAGUGAGGUGAGUUGAUUGGAGUCAGACUACUUUUUGUGCUAUUUUGGCAUCUAAGAAUGGUAAUGCAAAUGCUAUGGACUUAUUCUUCCUGUCAAUUCAUGAGAUCAUUACGUGUAUCACAAUGUUCAACAUGAUUUUGGCCAUUACUUGUAAACUCAAAACUUUUGAUGAAUUCUCUUCAUAUCAGUUAGUUCCUUUUUUUCCUAAAGCUAUCUUCGCUUUGUUAAUAUAGAAAAUUUUCAAUGGUUAAUCUGUUGAAACUAACGUUGAGAGCAUUUCUUAGGAUAUAAAUGGACUCUCAUACCAUCAUAAGCUAAUUUAUACAGUAGUUUUAGGUUUGUUGUUGCAGUUAAAAGAAAUGCAGUGAUUUAAAGGUGAUAUAAAAGCAAUUAUUUUUUUGCUUGAAUUGUAAUUUUGCACAUUAGAAUUGGAAAUGUUUUAAGAAAAUAGAUUCUUCAUGUGAUACUUGACACCUCCAUUGACUGUUAAGUGUGUUUGUUCCCUGUUCUUGCUGUGCACUGUGUUCUAUGUUUGGUGCAUCAUAUUUGAUUCUGCUUGCCAUUCAAUUCAUCUAGAGCUGGGGAUUUUAAUGUGAGGAGGAUGUGGACACUGGACAUUCACAGAAUAUUUGUGGGAAGUCUUAGCAAGCUUACCAGUUUUUGUUCUAUGCGUCCUCGUUGGCUACAUUCAUGUCCUUUCUCACUGUUCUUCAAUCUCUAGGCUAGGCUAUGUUGCUAGAAAAUGCUAAUAUCUUAACGAAUUGUGAAUUGAUACAUGUGUUUUCAAACAUGUUACAGUUUCAUUCUGGAAUAGUGAAUUUAGUUCUAUGUGUUCUUAUGUUCUAAGAAAUAUGUCAGAUGCAAUUAAUUUGGAGGAAUAACAGAGGGUUCACCCCUUAAGGUGUCUUUUUCUGUACCACUACUUUGCCUAUCAUUUUUUUUUUUUUUUGAAAAAUUAAUAGACAAGAUUUUAUUUCAUUGAAUAUUUGAAUGUUAAAAAGAAAUUAAGUUUAAAAGUAUUUGAAUUUUAAUAGUAAAGUAAGUGUGUUUACUCCAUAUGAUUCGUACAUUUUAGAACAUACCUUGUACUGCAUUCCCAUUUCUAUUCUAUUUUCCAGAUAGUUCAUGUCUAUGGUUUUGUCUGGAAGAAUGUUGUCAUUCCUUGGUCUUCGUAAAGUCAAGCAGGGGAUAGUAGACGCUUGGUCCAACAGGCAAACAUUCAAUGCUAUGCAACAGUUGGUUUGUUCUUGGGCAUGUUUUUUCAUGAAACAUGGGGAAAGACUGUUAAUCAAGAUUUUAUCAAGUCAAAAACCAAACUUCUUAAAUGCAAUGGAAUUAAAAGAUGAAUGCAACUUUGAUAAGAAAAAACAUUAUGGGCAACUUGGAGAAAAAGCCUGCCUUGAGUAUUCUCUUAACAUUGCUAUCUACACCAAGGUGUUCGUAUUUAUAUCAGAAUCAAACAAUUGGACUUUGACAAAGACACAAAGGUCAGGUUGAUAGUCACCUAUGUUGCAUGGAAUCAGGUAUGAGUGUUGAGGAAUUUUUUACUACAAUUUUAAAACUUAAGUUAACAAAUUGUACAACGUUCAAACUAUUAUAAGAAUGCUACUAAUUCUUUGAAGUUAGCACUUGCAGUGGAUUAAUGCCAGCUAGCUGCAUGAAACUCGCUCCUGGGAAGAGGAAGUUCCUUAUGUGGCUAAAUGGACAGUGAGUUGCUCACUCCCAGGAGGAGCAAAUUUCAUGCGGAGCAACACCUAAGGGUGUCCUAAGAGUGAUGGGUGUACCCGGUCUCACCAUUUAUCAUGUGAAAAGCCAUUUACAGAAGUAUCGCCUUGCAAAGUACUUGCCUGAGUCGCCUGCUGAUGGUUCCAAAGAUCAGAAGAAAGGUUCUGGGGACAGCCUUAGUAGCUUGGAUUCUUCCCAGGGAGUUCAAAUUAAUGAGGCAUUAAAGAUGCAAAUGGAGGUACAAAAGCGUCUUCAUGAACAACUUGAGGUACAAAGACAGCUACAGAUGAGAAUAGAGGCUCAGGGGAAAUACUUGCAGAAGAUAAUUGAGGAACAGCAAAAACUGAGCGGCGCACUGAAAGCAUCUGAGGCACAACCACUACUUGACGAUAAACAGCAGCCACCUCCCAAUGCCUCGACAAGUUCCUUGUCACCGCGGAAGAAGCAAAAAGUUGAUGGUGGGUUGGCAGAAGGUGGUGCGCCUGCCUUGCGCCAACCCAACGAUGGGUAGUCUCAUAAACAUGCUCGUGCUUAUCAGAGGGCCAUGUGUGACACUAGGUUUGGAUUAUACGUGGAAAGAGGGUUAAAGGAAAAGGAAGCUUGUGGGAUUAGCCAAAGAGAGUCCAUGGGUUUCCAUUUGAAAUUAGGUUAUCCUGUGCUGGGGAAAAGUGGUCUCUUCUCUUCGUGAGCAGUGACAAACCAGUCUGUAUGAUGAUACCAUACCAUGGUUUUGUAACUAUAUAUGCUUGACCUCAAUAUGUAGUGGGUUUGGUUAGUAUUCGUUUGGUGUACAUAAUUGGAUCUGUCCUAAUGAAUGCAGAUGUUAGAUGUUAUGACG